AUGAAGUUCAGCAACAUUCUUUCCUUCUUCGGCCUGGCCAGCGCCGCCAGCGCUGCUUCGCUGCAGCAGGUCACCGACUUCGGCUCCAACCCCAGCGGCGUCAAGAUGUACAUCUACGUCCCCGACAAAGUCGCCACGAACCCUGCUGUUGUCGUCGCUAUUCACUACUGCACCGGCACCGCUCAGGCUUACUACAACAACAGCCCUUACAAGACUCUCGCCGACUCCAAGGGCUUCAUUGUCAUCUACCCCGAGUCGCCCUACUCGGGAACUUGUUGGGAUGUCUCGUCCAAGGCGACCCUCACUCACAAUGGCGGAGCUAACAGCAACUCCAUUGCGAACAUGGUUUCGUACACUCUUAACAAGUACAACGGCAACAAGUCCAAGGUCUUCGUUACUGGCUCUUCGUCCGGUGCCAUGAUGACCAACGUCCUUGCCGCCACCUACCCCGAUGUCUUUGCUGCCGGCAUCGUCUACAACGGUGUCCCGGCCGGCUGCUUCUACACCGGCACCGUCAACGGCUGGAACAGCACCUGUUCCCAGGGUAACUCCAUUGCCACGCCCGCCGCCUGGGCAAAAUGGGUCACCGACGCCUACCCCGGCUACACCGGGUCCCGCCCCCGCAUGCAGAUCUACCACGGCAGCGUCGACACCACGCUUAACGCCAAGAACUACCAGGAGACUAUCAAGCAGUGGUCCGGCGUCUUUGGCUACAACCCCGACAAGCCCGUCACUUCGUCUGCGAACACGCCCAUCGCCAACUACCGCACAGAUGUCUUUGGCGACCACCUCACCGGUGUCUGGGCUGUCGGUGUUGGACACACUGUCCCUAUCCGGGGUGACGAUGACAUGAAGUUCUUCGGUCUUUAA